UGAGCGAAGAAGGCACGUGCAUCUGGUCUCAUUGCGCGCACGUGUGAUGUGUAAAUUAUGCGGAAGUGACAGCAAGCGUUUACAGACUCUGCAGAGUGUGUUUGAACUCAGUUGGAUAUGCUGACACUCCGACAUGCGGUCAGGAAACUUUCAGUUGUGUGCAGAGGAACCACAGUCUGCUUACGAGGUUGCAUCUGUAUAUCACACGUGGCCAGCAGAGGGGAAAUCACUGGAAGCAGGUGUUUGUGCAGUUCAGCUGCAGGUGGGGAGAAAAUGGCAGAAGGACCUGUUUUCACCGAAGCAAGUGAGGCUGAAGGGGGUCACAGCAUCUCCCCUGACCCUGUAGGGAACAGUAGCUCACCUCAGAGAAACUUCCUGCUGGAUUACACACAACAGGAAGGUGUUACGUGUUCCAAACAAGACUCUCACGGUUGCUUUGUGAAUCCUUGGGCAACAUGGCAGUUCCCGUCUUACAGUACCAUCAUGCGGCUGUUCCUCAUGGAGAAGAACCACAGUAAUAUUCCCAGUACCAAAGAGGUUCUGGACCGUGAGUUGCCCGUUCUGGAGCCUUAUUUUAUUCAGAACCGAGAUCAGUGCGGGCAGACCGGCUCAUCUCUUCGAGUGACCUGGCUGGGUCACGCUACUGUCCUGGUGGAGAUGGAGGGACUGGUGAUUCUGACAGACCCCAUGUUCAGCCAGAGAGCCUCUCCAAUGCCAUUUAUGGGUCCGAAGCGUUACCGCGACCCGCCUUGCACUGUAGAACAGCUUCCUCGCCUGGACGUGGUCGUGAUCAGUCAUACGCACUAUGAUCAUUUGGACGCAGGUUCAGUGAAAUCGCUCAAUGCUCGAUUUGGUUCUGACCUGCACUGGUUUGUGCCACUUGGCCUUGCGGACUGGAUGCAUAAGGCAGGCUGUGAGAAUGUCAUUGAGUUGGACUGGUGGGUGGGAAACCGCAUUCCUCGGCAUGAUGAUGUCACAUUUUUUUGCACACCAGCACAGCACUGGUGUAAACGCUUGCCUUUGGAUGACAAUAAAGCAUUAUGGGGUAGCUGGACUAUCGUGGGGGCCCAUAGUCGCUUCUUCUUCGCUGGCGAUACGGGAUACUGCUCUGCAUUUCAAGAGAUCGGAAAACACUUCGGACCAUUUGACCUGGCUGCUAUCCCGAUUGGAGCGUACCUGCCUAGAGGGAUCAUGAAAUCUCAGCAUGUGGACCCGGAGGAGGCUGUUCAGAUACACAUUGACAUAAGGGCAAAAAACUCGCUGGCCAUUCACUGGGGGACGUUUGCUUUAGCCUAUGAGUAUUAUCUAGAACCUCCAGCAAAGUUACGCGCUGCUAUGGGGAAUUGCGGACUGAAUCCAGAUCAGUUCUUCACUCUUAAUCACGGAGAGUCACGAAUGAUCAAGCAGGACAACACGCACCAUUCGCUCUAAAAAAAAAAAAAAAAUCAGGAAGAACACAGACGAUACACAAACACACGUAUCCUCUGACUUUUUGUGCUGAUCCAGUGGCUGGAUUUAAUAUAAUAUGAAUGUUGAAAUCAGUAGUUUAGAUGUAUUUUUUGAUUACCAUUUACAUAAAAAAUCAUGGUCUGGCUGUAAUAAAAUGCUGCUGCUUCUGGAUUGAGCUUUUGUGUGACAAAUACAGUAUUUAGAAGCUCUUCUGGC